AUGUUUACCGCGGCGUUCAUGGUAGGAGGAGCAGGGACUGGUGGUUUUCAGGGUCAUGAGGAAGGGAAGCUUGAGCGUCCGCGGCGGGGGUCGCAGGCACAUGACGCACGUGGAUUGCGGGCGGACUUAUUGAUGUUGGAGCGUUGUUUUCGCGCAGCGGUGACCGAUUGCGCGCGACUCGGCCCGCUUAUGGGGUCACCAAUGCACGGCUUUGAGGUGGUGUUGACGGCGCUCCGCAAAGUAGGAGGAGAGGGCGGAAUGCGAUUUCAAGAAGGGCUUCUCACCGAAGCGGCACGCGGGGCUGUUUUGAACCUCCUUUCCACCAUCCCGAAGACGGAUCUCGUUAUUUUGCAGCCGAUGAUCGAGCUGGAGGUUCAUUUGUCGGAUGCAAAGUAUUUGGGGAGUUUGGUGAGCUCGCUGAAUGAACAUCGUGCAGUAACCGUGGACGUGCAGGAUGACGGCUGUUCUGUGAAGGCGAUUGUGGCGCUACGCAACAUCAUGCACUACACGGUGGAACUACGCAAAGUAGCGAAAGGCCAUGCGAGCCUUCUUAUGAAGUUAGAUCAUUACAGAACUCUGGAGGAAAAGUCCGUGGUGGCGCGUAUUUUGAAGAAUCUUGGUAUUACUGAGUAG